AUGGCUUAUGUUCAGGUUAUCACAACACUUCUCUUUGCAUUAGCUCUCGCUGGAAUUGACCCCUCAACAUGCCAAAUGGUAAAGGGCAAAGUCUCAUGCAUUGACUGCACUCACAAUUACGAUUUAUCUGAUAUUAAGGUUUCAGUGAAGUGUGAAGGUGUGAAAAAGCUGGCUGUGGCAACUACAGAAGAGAAUGGCUCCUUCAAGGUUGACCUUCCCUCAGGCCACACCAAACCUUCUUCUGUGAAUUGCCUUGCAAAACUUAUUGGUGGGACAGUUCAGCUUUAUGUCUCAAGGAAGGACCAGGUUUCCCAAAUUGUCAAGGGAAAAGAGCAAAACAGCUACACCAUUUCCACUCCUCUUAGUUUCUUGACAUCAUGCCCCCAAAACACAGAUUGUAAGGCUGCAAAACAGGUGGGUUCAUCCAAAACCACCGAUCUUCCUCUGCCUCCAGAGUGGGGUUUGGCACCAAGUAGCUAUUAUAUACCUUUUGUCCCCGUCAUUGGAAUACCUUGAUUAUGUGUU